UUAAUUAUAAUAAAAAGAGAGCAAAACCAAUUAGAAUUUCUCCUUCAGAAAAUUAUUAUACAUAUAUAUAUAUAUAUAUAUAUUCUGUAUGUCUCUACAUUUAUAUAUGCGCCGCCCGUGAAGCAAACCCCUUUAGAAAUAUGAGAAAUUUGUGUGAAAGUGUUUUUGCAAUAACCACAUCAGAUUGAAUGGCUGCUGCUGCUUCUUCCUCUUGUUCUUCUCAUCAAUGGGAGGGCCUCCACUUUGUGCUAAUACCCCUCAUGUGUCCCGGUCACCUGAUCCCAAUGGUGGACAUUGCCCGUCUCAUCGCACAACAUCGAGUCAAUGUCACCAUAGUCACCACCCCGCUGAAUGCAGCCCGAGUUGAGGCAACAGUUGGUCGUGCCUCAGCCUCUGGCUUGCCUGUCAGGCUUCUUGAGGUUAAUUUUCCAGCUGGCGAGGCCGGGGUCCCCGAAGGUUGUGAGAAUAUCGACGCCCUUCCUAACAUGGGCAUGAUCAAGAACUUCAUGGCUGCAACUAACAUGAUGCAAAACCCAAUCGAGCGCCUCCUUAGAGAGAUCAUGCCAGCUCCCAGCUGCAUCGUGUCGGACAGGACCUUACCAUGGACGGGCAACCUCGCUCGGAACUUGGGGAUCCCGAGGGUCCUGUUCGAUGGCACGAGCUGUUUCACUCACCUAUGCAUGUAUAACCUUCAACUCUACAAGACCCACGAAAAGGUUGCCGAUCGUUGGGAGCUCUUUAUGGUACCUGGGAUGCCUGGUAGGAUAGAAUUCACUAGGGCACAACUCGCUGGUAAUUUCAAUCCCCCGUCGAAUGUCGAUAUGGAAGAGAUCAGGAAAAGGAUCAGGGAGGAGUCAGAAGCAGCGCAUGCCGUCAUAAUUAACAGUUUCGAGGAGCUGGAAACGGAGUACGUCGAAGCUUAUAGAAAGACCAAUGAGGGUGCUAGGUCUUGGUGCAUCGGUCCAGUGUCACUUUGCAACAAGAACAUGCUAGACAUAAGCCAACGAGGUAAUCGUUCCUCUGAAGACCAUUCCCGAUUCUUACACUGGCUAGACUCUCACCCACCCCGAUCCGCCAUCUAUGCUUGUCUUGGAAGUCUGAACCGGGUCACAGUGGAUCAGAUGAAAGAGCUGGGCCGGGGCCUGGAAUCAUCGAAGAGCCCAUUCAUUUGGGUCAUCCGGGGAGCAAACCAUGGCGAGGAGCUCGACCAAUGGCUCUCGGAGGAUGGGUUGGAAGAGAGGGUCCAGGGGCGUGGCUUGCUGAUCCGGGGGUGGGCACCGCAGGUCCUGAUUCUCUCGCACCCAUCGGUCGGCGGAUUCCUGACGCACUGUGGGUGGAACUCCACACUGGAAGGGAUCAGCGCGGGCGUGCCGAUGGUGACAUGGCCGCUUUUUGCUGAGCAGUUCUAUAACGAGAAGUUGCUUGUGGAUGUUCUGAGGGUCGGGGUCAGUGUCGGGGCCAAGGAGGUGGUGCACUUGGGUGAAGAAGAUAAGCACGGAGUGAUGUUGAAGGCGGAGGAUGUCAGGGUUGCAGUGGAUAAGGUGAUGAGUGGAGAUGAAGAGGGAGAGGAGAGGAGGAAGACGGCUAAAGAGCUUGCAAGGAAGGCCACAGAAGCAGGAGAGGAAGGCGGGUCUUCAUAUGUCAAUAUCAAGAAACUGAUCGAGCAUAUAAGGGGACGAGCCUAGAUGUAUAUACAUACAUGUAUGUAUAUGAAUACUAGGCGGGGACCGAGAUAAUUUAACAGAUGCAUGAUAGAUGGACAUGGAUUUGGACUUGAUCGAGUUUAACUGGGGUUUGGCUAUAUCUAUGCUUGCGUUAAAUGAAAAUUUUUUUUCUUUGGAGAAA